GGAAUGACUCGUGAUUUAACACGGGGCUAUUACGUCACGUGUCAAGGCGGGUGGACACCAGGAAGUAACUUGCGCGACUCUCCGCGCCGCUGCUGCUUAGUUUUCCAUCAUGGCCUACCAAGCUGGCUUUCCAGAGGAACCCAAUGCUUUGGUUCAGAACAUUAGCUCCAACAUCCAGCGGCUCACCCUGCUGACCUCCGAGCUACAGAGGGUGCUGACGCUGCUUGGAACAGAUCAGUACAGUGACCAGCUGCAACAGACGCUGCAGCAGAAUCAGCAACAAGGUAACCAGCUUGCCAAGGAGACCGGCCGGCUCAUCAAGGUGUUCAGCGCACUUCCUGUGGGCGCAGACCAGCGGCAAAGAAAGAUCCAAAAAGAGCGAUUGCUCAACGACUUCUCGGCGGCGUUGAACACCUUCCAGAGGACGCAGCGGGAGGCGGCCGACAAAGAACGAGAGUUUGUGGCCCGCGUCAGAGCCAGCUCCAGAGUGUCGGGAGGCCAGCCUGAGGCUCAUUAUGGAAGUGUCACCCCUUUCCCAAGUGACAUGCAGGUGCAGGAUCAGGAUGAGGCCGUCAGCGAGGAUGAUCUCCGGUUGAUUCAGGAGAGAGAGACGGCCAUCAGGCAGCUGGAGUCGGACAUCACAGACAUCAACGACAUCUUCAAGGACCUUGGGAUGAUGGUGCACGAUCAAGGCGACAUGAUAGAUACUAUCGAGGCCAAUGUGGAGAGUGCAGAUGUGAACGUCCAGAGUGCCACGCAGCAGCUGGCGCGUGCUGCCGACUAUCAGCGGCGCUCUCGGAAGAAGAUCUGCAUCCUGAUUUUACUAUUGGCCAUCGUCGCCAUCGUUGUGGGACUCAUCAUCUGGGGCGUCGCUAAGCAGUGAGGGCCUCCUCCUUUGCACCCCUCGGGGGUCCUCACGUCGUCUCCUACUGCCAAGAAAUGUUAAAAGCUCGACGGCCACUUCAUUGGGUACGCACACGCCAACUAGUGAGAGUCAAUACGAUAAGACCUGUAGCAAACGUUUCUGUCCAAAGUGCUGACCUGGAAUGGCACCCCGGGUGCAGCGCAGACCUCCGCCAAGGCGAAACGAACAUCAACAUGGCAAUGGUGUUUCCACUGCAAUCCUGUAGGUGGCGGUAAUGAACAAUGCCAAACACAGCAAGCUUCUUAUGAUAUGAUUAUUUAUGAUUCUUAUGAUUAUUAGCUUACAGCUCCCGAAAACCCCAAAUUCACCAUCUGAAGGAAUGAGAUGACCAUAAAUGAUUACCAUUUACACAUUUAAAAAAAAUUAGGUAGAAUUGGCCUUCUGCCAAUUGAUUUUUCAAUUAGUUUAAUGUUUUCAAUAUGUAAGUUUUACUUUCUGAAUUGAACUACUGACAUUAUUGACCUUUUCAAGCAUAUACUAAUCACAUAUAGUUAAUGGCAUGAUUGGGGGUUCUGUAACCCCCACAAAAAUAAUUGUAAUGAUAACCAAAAUAUGGGUAACAGCUCUGUAGGAUGCAAUUUAGAACCGCAAUAAUGCACAUAUUUUGAAACGAUGACCUCACUGACGAUGUCAAAUCAAAACAGAGCAUUGUUACACGUGUUAAAACAAAUUCUUUGAUGAAGCACUGUGAUUCGAUCUCACUUGAGAUUUUACAGGUGUGCCUAAUGUUGUGGCCAACUGUUUUACACGUUGCACAAUCCUCACAGUUGGUGCAAUUAUACCACGAUUUGGCCAAACUUGGCUGAUUCCAAAGCACUGUUCUAAUGUAAGCCUGUUUAAAAAAAAAACAAAAACAGUUUGUGCUUUUAAGUUAAAAAGCCUUAUUUUCAAAAUGUUUUUGCAUAUUAUAUUGUUGAGUUAGACACUUUACAUGAAAUGAAGUUUUUUUUCUUGAUAUGAAGGAAGCUAAAAGCAGAUAGUUAAUAUAUAUAAAUUUGACUUGACUUUGACAAUGCAGUCAUCAAAGUAUGAUGAGAAAACAAAACAAACAGAAUAGAUCAAAAUGUGUUUUUUGUUUGGGCCUUUUAUUUUGCUGCCUUUUGUAACUGAGCACUGUGCUGCCUCCCAUACACUCAUUUUAAUAAAUAUACCUUAUCAUAGA